CCCAGAGAGCGAAAGCACUCUGUAGAGUGUAGGAAGCUACAAGAAAAUUCAAAGGAUCAGCCUUUGGACUAGCAGACAUCUCUGACUGAUAGAAAGUUUUCGCCAUUUCUUGCUACAUGGCCACGUUCGCCUUCAGCGCACCUCUGCCGGAAAGAAGCGCACUUGUUGAAGAUCCGGAAUUUCAAGAGAUUGUACAGAAAUGCAAGCUGUUAACAGAGAAGAUCCUUCUCUCUAUCCCCGAAACACACAAAUCCUGCAUUAAGACGGAGACUGUGCAGCUCAACUCCACAGAUAAUACGCGGUUUGAGAUCAUGAGGUCCGGGAUUGGCAUCCCCUCUGCUCCUCAUAUCAAAGCCCCGUCAGAAAACGUCACUUUGGAGGACAGUUUGAGACAGCUCUAUGAGGGUCUGCAGCUGUACCGGGCCUUGCUGGGCUCCCUCGGAAACUACCAUAGGCUGGCAAACAAAGAUAAAGUCACCGGGCUAAUGGCUGAUGUAAAAGACCUCGCCAUUCAGAUCAAAGAGAUGCUAAAAAUUGUCCGGCCACAAGGUUCACCCCACCCCACCAAACCCUCCGUGUCCUUAAAUCUACCAGCAGAAUACGAAUUUCAGGUGGCAGCACACCUGACUCUGGUGGAUCUCCAGUCCUACAUUCAGGACCUGGUCCGCUUCCUCAGGACUCUGGACCGCAGCACAGAGGUGGACACAGAGUCCUAACCAAAAAGUGUCAUACUUUGCUUUUGCCCAAAAUGUACGUUAUGGUAUUUAUUGAUCUGUGAAAGCAUUAUUUAUUUUUGUAUUUGCAUUUCAUAUUUAUAUAUUUAUUAACAGAACUGGACUGGACUAUUUAUUUCCACCGUUUAAAACUAAGGAAAUGUUAACACAAGUGACUAAUGCUCUGUAAAGCAGUACAUUAACGUAUUGCUAACAGCAGAAUAUUUUUGUAUAAUUUUUAUUUAAUUUAUAACAAUAAUAAUAAUAAUAAUAAUAAUAAUAAUAAUAAUGACAAUAAUAAUAAUAAUGAUAAUGUCUGUAUUUUCUUAUUUUUUAAUUAAAAAACCAUUUUUUUCUGAAAAACAUUUGUACCUCUUUGUGAACUAACAUGCAUAAUUAUAGAAAACAAUAAAAUGAAACCCAAACUUCCAGUGAAGUUACUACUGUAAUAGAGAAGUGCAACAAAGAGUGAAAUAAGGACUUUGCUGUCAUUAUUUCCGCUACUGAACCAGACGGAUGUCCUUUAAGAAGUGUUGCAAGCGGUGUAUGACUGUGACAAGAGAUGACCCACAGUGCCUUGUGUAUGGUGUCAUGUGUUGGGCUGGCUAGCAUGUGAUCAUUCUGAGUCAAGGGACAACAA